CAUCGCCACCGGGCCUCGACCACUGUCACCCACUGUCCACUAGCGUUGUCGCCAUCCACCUUACUUUCAGAAGCAACUACUUUCUUUCUUCUUGACGUAGGCACGGUUGAAUCUCUCUCCUUUCUCUUUUCCCUCCCUUUCUCAGUUACAAACUCGUCGCUAGGGGCCCAAAUGAUGAGAUCUCUCUCAAAAAAACAUACCUUAUAUCUUAAAACACAAAACGUCAUUUCUCAUAGUACAACAUACUCUUUCUCCUCAUUCAAAACCCAACAAAAUAUCUCCAAUUUGAAAAGUAAAUAAACUAAUCCCCACGUAAAGAACCCAAAAAUCACUCUCCCAUUACAUAGAUGAAGGUGUGGCAGAGCUUGUUCCUGGUGUAUUACUUAUCGAUGAGGGUUUUACGAUUUUGAUCACAGACACCAGCAAUGUUGAAGGGUAAAGAUUUCAUCUUGGUAGACAAAAUGUGGCCCCUAUGAUUAUUGUGGCGAGCAGCUGUUGAGAUGCAAUUCUACUUUUACGUGUGGAAGGGACAUUUCUAAACUCAAAGGAACAAGUUCUAAAAUUAAAUGGAAUGUUAAUCCUGCACCAGUUUCCGGAAAUUCUUCCCCACUGAAUGGCAUGUUCAAUAGUUUGUACAUUCUUCAGGUUAUUUCUACUAUGUUUUUGGCAUCUCAGCAUGGUGCCUAUGAUCAAGAGAAAUCAUUUUUCACAUCAUUGGACUCUGCAAAUAGCAUUUCUGACAUUAUAUUUGCUCAUGGCUAUUUCUCUUGAUUGCACAAAAAUUGAGCUACUCGAGGAGGGAAAUUGGAGUUCUCCUAAUAAAUCUAUGGAGAAAGCUGUUUCCCAUGAUAAUAAGAACAAUAAAAGGGGUAAAAAGCGCAAUAAAAAUUCAUAUCCUAUUCCAAGACCUUGUAUAGAUAGCCAAAACCUUGUUGAACCUACUCAGGUGUAUAGUGGCAAUGGAGAUAUUAGACAGCCCUACAAGUUUGAUGGUAAAGUUCUGGAGGAAGUUCUUGCUAGGGGGAAUCUUGCAUCUGCAGAUGCCAUGGUACCUGAUAAAGGAUUAAAUAAUGGAAAUGUACGAAGUGCACCCAAGAAAAGUAGGAAAGAAAGGAAAAAGCUCAAAAGCUCGAGUUCCCAUAGCUGGGAAGUUUCUAGUUGUAAUUCUAAAAGAAUUGUAGUUUCCACCAUUUUGUUACUUCUCAAGAUGGGCCCUCCACGUCUGACUGGACCCCUGGAAAUUCAACCAUCAAGAACUUUGCAAACAAUGUUGCAACCGGGAUUGACAGCCCUGAAGCAAAUCCUGAUCAUUGUUGUGAAAAUAUAGUGGCUCAAUGUGGGAAGACACAUGAUUCUUCUGCUGAAAUUAGUGAUAGCCUUGGUUUGAAGCACCAUCAAAACUCAGAGUGAUCCAAAAUGGUGCUGAAACUGCCAGGGUUGAUCUUCUGACUGAUAUUGUGGAUUUUGAUGCAACUUCUGUUAGGCCUGUGGUUGAAGAUAAUAAUGAUCUGUGUGGUGGAGUUAUUGACAGUGGAAAUUAUGCACAUUCAAAUGGAACUUAUCAAAAGACGGGUUUUCUAGGGAAACAAAUACAAGGUAGUAAGGCAGAAGAAAAAACAUUUCGUAUUCAGGAGCAAGGAAAGAUGGGUAAUUUUGGAGCCACAAGUUCGUCAGCAUACAUCUCUUAUGAAUGGCACAAUUUAGCUACCAUUCAUCCUUCUUCCACAACUCAUCUACCUACUGCCACAGAUAGAUUGCAUCUUGAUGUUGGUCACAGUUGGCAAAAUCAUUUUUACCAAUCUUUUGUAAAAAAAUGUACAAAUAGGAAAUUCUUCUGUUGAAACUAGGUGUGGUGGAGUUGUAUGUCGACAUCUGCCAAUGAGUUUAGAUUGGCCUCCUGUGUUGCAUGGUGUUAAUAGAGUAUCACCAUCAGUUACUUGCAAUUAUGAUUCUGAUUUUGUCUGAAGAUGACAGUCGUCUCUUCUGCAAUGUGUCACUGCUCAACGCAUGCAGCAUGGUACACUUGCAUCAGAGGAUGAAAUCCUUUUUGGUGAAUUCAUGGACAUGUCAUAGGUUGCAAAUUCUUGGGGACCAGUGGAUGAGCAGGACAACCAAUGGAUGUCAGAAGAAGAGUUAGAAGUACAUGCAGUUUCUGGGCUGGAUUGUAAUCAGUACUUGGCAGCGGCAUGAUGUACUGGAAUCCUUCUGAUCGUCCAAGGACUAGUUUCUCUUGUCCUUCUCUUUGUUCAGAUGAUAGCUCUUGGGCUUGGAGAGAAGCAGAUAUGAAUAGGCUGUUGAUAAUAUGGUUGCCUUCUCCUCCUCUUAUAGCACAAAUGGACUGACUUCACCUUCUGCUGCUUCCUUAUGCUCUCCCUUUGAUCCUCUGGGACCUGGAGCUCUUGGCUAUGUUAUUCCUGGGAGUGAUAUCAGCGGCACAGUUCUGCACUCUUCACCAGCGAUUAAUGAUGUGGACAACAAGGAGAUUGUCUCUGGAUCUAUACCCAAUACGUCUGGUGAUGGAGAAGCGAAGACUGGAGAUUCACUUCCAUAUCCCAUUUUGAGACCAAUAAUCAUCCCAAAUAUGUCAAGACAAAGUUAUGAUAGAAAAAGCCCUUCUGUUCCACCAAACAGGCGGGAACAACCUCGAAUUAAGAGGCCACCUUCUCCUGUAGUUCUAUGUGUUCCACGUGCCCCUCAUCCUCCUCCCUCCCCUUUUGGUGAUUCCAGAAAACUCAAUGGUUUUCGUACUGUUCGGUCUGGUAGCCAAGGCAUUGGGGGUGUCAAAGGCUGGUUCCAUGAUGGUUUUAAUUUCGAAGAAACUUGCUUACCCAUGAAUGGUAGUGAAGUUGUUUGGCUUUCUUGUAGAAAGAAAAGCGUUUCAGCUUGUCAGUUGACACAUCCUUUAGCAGGAGCAUUGCUACGGGAUCGGCUUAUUGCAAUUUCCCAGCUAGCUCGUGAUCAAGAACAUAUUGCUGCUGAGAAUUUGAUCAGAAAGCCUUGCAUUAAUUGGGUUGUUAAGUGUGUUUCUCGUUCUUUCCAAGUCUCGUGGCCUUGGUCUAGGACAAAUGUUUUUGGUUCAAAUGCGAAUGGUUUGUCCCUUCCAUCAAGUGACAUGGACCUUGUGGUUUGUCUUCCUCCCAUGAGAAAUUUGGACCCUAUUAAAGAAGCAGGAAUCUUGGAGGGACGUAAUGGCAUCAAAGAAACUUGCUUUCAGGUAGAUUUUACCAUUAACCUGGGGUGGAACCUAUUAUGGUGGAAGUUCCACAUGAUCUUGUUUCCUAUGCUAUGUCAUGCUCCAAUGCCGAAAGAAGCAGAUCAGAGGACUGGUGAAUAAGGCAACCGUUUUCAGGCUGAUUCUGCUAGUUCUGAGAUCUCUACUUCUCCAAAGUGGAGUACCCUUGUGAAAGAUAACAAGAGCAGUGUCAAAUUAGUUCGUCUUGACAUCAGUUUUAAGUCUCCAUCACAUACCAGACUGGUUAAAGACAUUGCUGAACAAUUUCCUGCUGCAACAUCACUUACUCUGGUGUUAAAACAGUUCUUGGCAGAUCGUAGCCUAGACCAAUCAUAUUCAGGGGUUUAAGUUCAUACUGCCUGAGUUAUGGAAGUCUCCUGUUCGACUUUCUCUAUCUGUAAAAGUUUGUAGAAGAUUCUUAAAUAUUUACCCACUUUUUUCAGCAUUUCUCAUUCUUAUACAUCCUUGUAUAAGUUAUUGACCAAUAAGUCAACACUACAUUUCUAGUCAGUAACAUUUUUAAUUACUAUCUGCCUUCAUAAUCACAGGAAAUUCCCUGCCUUAAUUGAUGAUCUGAGCCAUUUUGUUUCAGGAAUGUCUUUGACUCUCUUCAAAUGUGUAUAUCAGUACAGGGAAGUGGGAUAUACCUAACCAGGGAACGAGGGUGCAGUUUUUACCCACUUUAUUUUGAUGAUCCUCUCUUUCCAACAAAUAAUGUUGGACGAAACUGUUUUCACAUACAUCAAUGUAUCAAGGCAUUUGCAGAUGCUUAUUCAAUGCUGCAGAGUGAACUUGCAUGCUUUGCUGAUGAUGACACACUUGCUAAGCCCCAAUGUAAACUACUUCUUAAGAUUGUUCCAAGCAUUACUCAUUUGAUGGGAUCCUAAUUAUUAGAGAUGCCUCUGAGAGUUAGCAUCUUAGAACUUCUGCCCCUACCCAACCUGUCGAAUAUCCUUUAUUUUUUAACUUCUUUCAAAAGAACUCUCGAAAACAUCUCAAGCAUCAUUUUCCGUUCAUUAUAAUCAUCAAAACCAAGCUGAUGCUUGGAUCAGUGAUGAUACAACUCAGAGAUAUAAACAAGCUGGUGAUGACAAUUAAACGAUGUCAACGUUAUAUGCUACCAUAUAGUACAAAAUCAGCAAAAGAUUGAUAAAUCUGGAUGCGAGAUUCCAAAUUUCAGAGAAAAAAGUGAAGAAAAAUGGAAGGGUAAAGAUUUUAGAAAUGAUGGAAGCACUGAUCUCUUUUUUUUUUUUAAAUGGAAAAUGAUAUAAUUAGACGAGGGUAAAAAUGAGAGGAAGAGUUGGCAUAGUUUUUAUCUUUGUGUGAACUAAGAUAAUAGAGAGAAAAAUUUGGAAGGCCUGGGAUUGUCAUUCUGCUUGUGGUCAAGGUAGUGGAGGCCAGAUCUGGAAUAUCAAUAUCAGAAAGUGGCUAGAGGUAGUGGUUAAAGGUUUGAAGUAAGGUACAAAGUUACCAAUGGUAGUAAGAGAUUAGGGGUCGGCCCUUUAUUGUAGUCCAAAAUUUGAGCAAUCUCAAGACGGUUGCACCAAUGACAAUAAGGUGUGUGAGGGGGGAAGGAGGAAGCGUGGAAGGUUGGGAAAGGUGGUAAUGGCAGUUGUAGCUGCAAUGGUUUCAGAGGACAUGUAGUUAUUAGCGGUUGUUGUUAUCGUCUGUAGGAAGAGGAUGCUGCCAAGGGUGAGAGAAUGCGUGAGAGAGAUGCUUACAGAUAAAAUGAGUUCUUACAAUGAACAGCUAACACUUAAUUGAUGAUAGUUUAGGGGCAGUGGCGUUUGAGAAUUUGUUCCUUUUUCGAAAUAGAUGCUAUUUUGGAAUAGCUUCAACAGGAAAUGAAGACAUGCAGAGUAGAAUGGAGAGAAUUAUUUAGUUUCUUUACUGUCAUUCUUCCUCCCCUUACAUUGCAGUCUGAGCGUUUUGCUAUAAUACUGAAUUGCAAAGGACAUAUAGUGAGCAAGAGCAAAUUGUGUGGAUUUUACGUAGGCAAGAUGAUGAUGUAAUGAUGACCAUGCACCUGAUGGACUGUCAUCUGUAGACUGACACACACUUAAUCCCUGUGAAAUUAUAUGAUUUGCAAAUUGAGGACACGAAACAAGGGUUGUGUGGUUGAAGAUUGACUUUGAAACAUCGAUGGAGGUCUUGACAGGAAGUUGAGGUUUAUUGCAGCUGGUUUCAAUAUGAUCCAGACAAGCUCCAGCAGUGGUCACGUUUACCGUUUGGUGUUUGUCCAAAAAUCCAGAGACAUGGGGUCCCAGUUGUAAAAUAUUAAGUCCCUGUUUGGGUUCCAUUAAAAGGAGAUUUUUGGGAAAAAUGUGUUUUGGAAUAGUGAUUUGUUGGAAAUAAGAUUUUUUUUUUUUUUCAUGUAAUAUUAUUUUAUAGGAGAAUGUGAUUGAAAGUGUGUUUUGAAAAUUGUAUUUUUGGAAAAACAGAGCUUGUUCGAUAAAGAAAAGAGCCCAAGUACAGACUAGACAAAAAGUUUCUAUCACAUGCCAUCUCCAUGGCAUUGGCAUGGGAGGGAGAUUCUUAGAUUAUACGAAUCCACUUUUUCCAAAAUCCCAAUUUUAAUAUUAUUCCAUGAUAGCUUUUCACAAAUAAUUUAUUAUUUUACUAAUCUUUGCCUCCUUCACAAGUCACAUCUCUAAUCUCUAUUAUCAUAUUAUAUUCAAGUUCCAAAAUCGACAAAUAGAAUUUUCCUUUCAACGAUAAUUUUCUCAGAAUAAAUCAUAUGAAUUUCUUCAUUGUCCAAAACUCGAACACAAUCAGACUCAACUCAAUCGGUCCUGAUCAAAGCACCGUGUUAAGCAACUUACUGGUUCAACCAAAGGGUCAUUG